ACAUAUUGACAUUUCUGUCAAAUGUUUCAUCAAAACAAAUGUGUUAUAAUUGUCACAAAAUUUUAACUGUGUUGAUAUUCCUCGGAAAUCAGAAUUCAAACCAGCAUUCAUGAACUAUAAAACGAAUUAAGUUAAUUUUAAAUCGAUCGUCUUAAUCGAGACGACAACCCAUCAACAAGUACAAAUGUACAUUGCCAAAUAUUUGUACAAUAAAUGUUUAGCUCCACAGCCAUCAAGAGAGCAAUAUGUUCGCGAAUAUCAAGCGAUUUUAGAAAAAAUCAACGCAUUGGGUAAUGAAGAAGAAGUUGGCGAACAAAAUCAUCAUGUUGAAGAAUCAUAUAUGCCAGACGCAGUAUUUUUUCGUUACAAAGGUAAAGUGACACAUCUUUAUAGUGACGGUAAUGGUCGUAUAGAUGGAAAAUAUAUGCUUAGUAGGGGAUCAACGGCAAAUAAGAAAUUGAAGAUUGGUGAUUGGGUGAUAUGUACGGCACGUAAAAUAUCCGACGAUCAGCCAAUUGUUAUUUACAAAAUUGAUUCAAUUGAAGAAGAAUACUGGACACCAUGUGAAGAAGACGACUUCGAUAGUAGCAAUAAAAGUAGUCCGAUUCCAUUAAACACAUGCUUAAGAAUACUGAGAGGCGAAAUUAAUCAUAAAUUUAAUGGUGAAAUUGUGAUUGAUACACGCCCUGAAACGACACAGCCGAUUAAAAUUCUUAUCAGCGAAUCGGAAUGUGCAUUCAAUCCAAUGAUUGGUGAUCAAGUCGAAGUUGAAGCGUUGUUUGGAAUAAGUCGUGAAAAUCCAUCAGAAUGUACUGCAUUUGGAUAUUAUGGAAUGAAAGCAAAUGAACGAAAAACCGUUACAGGUGAAAUAACUGUGUUCAAAAAGAAAUUGAAGUACGGAUUAAUCGAUAACAAGUAUGUAUUUUACGUCGAUAUUUUGCAACAUUCGGACAAUCAAAAACAAAAUUCCGUGCCAAACGAAGGUGAUACCGUUGUGGCUGAAGUUAUUUCAAGCCUUCAAAAGAUUGACUACGGAGUAUUCUUCUUUCGUUGUAUAAAAAUUACAAAGAUCUCAUCCAAUCAAAACAAAAAUGUAACAGCACCAUCACUCAAAAACAAUGGUACUGAAAUUGUUGAGUCAGAUGAUGAAAUUGAUAGUGAAAAUGCUGGUAUAGUUUUCACCCGUAGUGAAUCAUUGAACGUGGUAUUGGAUGGAUCCAAAGCGAAAAAAUACAUCGAAUUGAUUGCCACAAAUGAAUCAGAUCGUACACGGAAAAUUUCACAAGCCAAGUUUCAAAAUCAAAUACUUGCAUCACAACUUGAAUGCGACGAACUCUAUAGACCACACAAUAUUCGGCCAGGUGAUCGUUAUGUCUAUAAAAUCAAUUUAAUUGGUAUUCUUGCCGGUGUAUUUAAAGUUAAAAUUGAUUUUGAAAUCGACAACAAAUAUGUAGUGCGUCGAUGUAUAACAUUGGAUGUGAAGGAUGUUGAGGAAGUUGAAGGUGUUCGAGUUUGUCAUUCUAAAGCGUACACCAAAAAAAUCUAUUCAGAUAAACGAGAAACAAUCAAAGGUCAUGCUCCGGUCUCAUCGCCCCAUUUCAUCGAUAAAAGAUUGGAGCGCUUCGAAGUGCCAGAAAAGUUGUUCCUCGAAACAAUGGCGGUCAACACAUCUGCUGAAUUAUAUGAUAUGGUUGAAAGGAUGUAUGGUGACGUAUUCAGUUCGUUGUCAAAGAAAAAUUAUGCAUCUUACUUUCAUACAUUGUUAUAUUUUGAAGAGAUAUUCAUGCGAAUUGAAUUUCGAACAUACGAUCAAGAUCGCGGUCAUUUCGUACGAGAUAAAGAAUAUUUGGCAUACGAAAUGAAAAAAAACGUUUUUGAAUGUCGACCAUCAAUUGUUAUCGGUGACAUGAUUUAUGCCGAAAGUUUACUAAAAACCACAAAUAAUCAACAACAUCAAGGUUACAUUCAUAAAAUGACGAAAAAUCGUUUACUACUAAAGUUCAUUGACGAAUUCCAUACCAAUUAUCGUGGUGAAGAUUACAAGCUUACUUUUAAAUUUUCACGAACAAAAUUUAUGAAGUGGCACAAUGCCAUCGAAAGAGUUUCGAAGAAGUUACUAAACACUAACUCAGGCUUCCUAUUUCCAAGUUCAGUAAAAACUGGCGAUCGAUUACAGAUGCAAAUUAAGUUAAUUGAUGGUGACAUGAUCUUGGAUUAUCCAAAACAAAAGGUGCUAUGGUUUAAUCCAAAACUCAACGAAUUCCAAAAACAAGCCGUUGUGAAUGUGCUAAGGGGAGAGGUUAAAAUGUGUCCAUAUUUGGUAUUUGGACCGCCGGGGACCGGAAAAACAUCAACCUUAGCUGAAAUUAUAUUGCAGCUCUACAAAAAAGGGAACACACGUUUAAUUGUUGCUGCUCCAUCAAACAGUGCUGCCAAUUUGAUAACAAAACUAUUGGCGGAUUGUGGUGCAUUGAAAGCGGGUGAAUUUGCUCGAAUUGUUAGUCAAAAUGCUAUCGAACGCGAACAAAUACCCGACGAACUUCGGCCACACUGUAUGACAGUUGAUAUUGCUGCGCCAAGAUCAACAGCCGAACCACAAAAUCCAUUUGAGAAUGGCAUCCGUGUACAAUGCAACUCACAAGUUAUUAGUUUACAUCGUAUUUUGAUCAGCACAUGCAACACAUUUGGAUCAUUAUUAUAUAUGAAAUUUAAAUCAGGUCAUUUUACUCAUGCAAUCAUUGAUGAGGCUGGCCAAUGUACCGAACCAGAAAUCACAAUUCCGAUUUCGUUGAUUGACAGAGACAAUGGUCAAAUUAUUUUGGCUGGUGAUCCACACCAAUUGGGACCAAUCGUACUUUCGCCCAUUGGCAGAAGAUGUGGCUUAGAUAAAAGCUUACUUUCUCGUCUUUUGGAUCUUUUGCCUUAUCAUAAGGACGUUGGGCGAAAUGGUGGCUUUGACGAACGUAUGGUAACACAACUAUUGCACAAUUAUCGAUCUUUACCAAGUAUUCUUGCCAGAUACAGCAAUCUAUCGUAUGACUCGAAAUUAAUUGCGAACAUUUCGGACAAAGACAGCGACGAACAAAGACUUCUUGCUAAGUUCCAGUCUAGAAAUAAUCCAAGUCUUAAACUAAAACAUUCACCAAAAUAUGGUGUCUAUUUCCUGGGCAUAGAGGGCGAAGACCAAAGACCAAAUGACUCAACCUCAUGGAGGAAUCUGAGAGAAGUGAAUCUGGUGGCACAAGUUAUAAAAGAAUUGUAUGACUGUGGUCUUAUCGAAGAUGACAUUGGAGUAAUUACACCAUAUGCACUGCAAGCGAAGAAUAUCCGUCAACUUUGUGAUUCAUAUUUUGAAGGGAAACUUCCGAAAAUCGGAAGCGUUGAAGAAUUCCAGGGACAAGAAAGAAAUGCAAUCAUCAUAUCAACGGUUAGAGCCAAAAUAAAGAAUGUUUCAUAUGAUGGGAAAUCUGGUCUCGGUUUUAUCAAAAAUAAAAAUCGGUUGAACGUUGCUAUCAGCCGCGCACGAGCUAUUCUCGUAAUUAUUGGUAAUCCGUUUGUUCUGGUUGAGGAUGAAAAUUGGAAACAAAUCAUUUAUGAUUGCCAUAUUAACGGGACAUAUUCUGGUUGUGAAAUGCCCCAACAAUUGCUUGAACCAUGAAGACAUACAAAUAUAAUGAGUCAAUAACUAUUUUUUUACAUUAUGUAUACUACAACUCCGAUAACACCACAAAUCAUAACCGACAUAACCAAAUUAUCGGAAUUUUACUGUAUUGAACAGUAUCCAAACACAUUUUUCAUAAGAAUAUUUGCGUAGAAAAAAUUAUUCAUUAUUCAUUUGAAUAAUCUUAGCUUUAUUUGAAAAGUUUUUGUUUAAUAAAAAAGACC